AUAAUCCUCCUCAAAGGGAAGAGUUUAUGCAACGUAAAUUUUUUCCGAUUUAGUAUUUUCGGGUUUGAACUUUAUUUAAGUUGUUAAAUAAUAUAGGUAUGCAAUUAAAAUAUUGCUGUUUUAAGCUAUUGUCAUCAUUUCCACAUAGAACUAUACGGAACUUUUCUAGCACAGUCAUGGCUCAAGUGAAGGUUGGAGAUAAACUUCCGGCAGGAGAACUUUAUGAAGACUCACCAGCAAAUAAGAUAAACAUUAAUGAUGUUUGCAAUAAUAAGAAAAUAGUCAUUUUUGGUGUACCAGGUGCAUUUACUCCAGGAUGUUCAAAGACUCACUUGCCUGGUUAUGUAAACAAUUCAGAUAAAAUAAAAUCUGAAAAUGGCGUUGAUGAAAUUAUCUGUGUCUCAGUAAAUGAUCCGUUUGUAAUGUCCGCAUGGGCAAAAGAGCAUAAUGCUGCAGGAAAAGUGCGACUAUUGGCAGAUCCAGCAGCAUCUUUUGUAAAAGCACUUGAUUUAACUGUUAAUCUUCCUCCACUUGGAGGACUAAGAUCAAAAAGAUUUUCAAUGAUUGUUAAGAAUAACGAGAUUGUGGAAUUGAAUGUAGAACCAGAUGGAACUGGUUUAAGCUGCUCAUUAGCUGAAAAACUUGGCGGAAAAUAAGCAAUUGAAGAUUAUUACAUUUUGUUGUUUGAUUGUACGUAAAGGUCACCAGAUCAAUAGUAGUAUAAUAUUAAAAUCACAUAAAAAAUUCCUUAAGCAA